AUGACUACUCGCGCUGUUCCCCGCCAUGCAUUCCUCACUUCCGACCCCUGGAUCACUGAAUCAAAGCCGUUGAGAAAGACACGCAUCUCGUGCACUAAAUUGAUUGAACGCCAGGUCGUUCGCGCAUGGAAGCGCGUCACCGGCGUUACUCGCAAAAACCAACGUGCUUCUUUCCUUCCCAAGGAUUUCAUCCUUGUCACUUCUCGCCGCCGCAGUGUGAUGUUGGCAUGA